AUGUCAGCUACAGGAACAAAACGAUUCAAUGCAAACACUGGACCAGUAACUCCCGGGAAGCAAUCCUCAGUCAAGGAACCAUAUGGUAAGAAUCCGGGAUGCACAACAAGCUGUGGUAUGAGGCUACCGAGGAAAACAGAAUGCACAGCAGCAAGACUGGUUAAACAUGUCAGCUGUAACUUCGUUAAAGGCUUACGACUGGUGGUGAUGAGGACGAAGAAGAAGAAGAGAUCUCCACCAUUGAAGAAGGCUUCUUCUUCUGGUAUAUCUCAGCCUUCGGUCAUCUCUGUUGCUAAUGAUAGUCAAAGAUCAGAGGCUAUAGAAGACUGCAUACAAUUCAUAAACUCCUCUUCCUCCUUCACAAGAUCAAGUUCUACCAGUGGCCGUAAAUCUUAAGUUCUGUCAUGCCUUUAAGUUUAGGAAACUCUUUCUUGGUCACUACGCAAUAGCAUAUUAGAGAAUUGCGUGUAUUCUGUAUGAAAUAAUAUAUAUAGAGAGAUGAAGAGAGAUUUUAAGUAAUCUUGAGAAACGUGGACAGUGUGAGCUUCCGUUUUAUGUACAAAAGAUUAACCGUAUAGCUUCAUCUACAUAUUAUUAUGCUUUGGCC